CAGCAGAGAGGAGGCAGCCGUCACACGGACCGGUGCUGGAUAUUCAGCCCUCACAGCUUCGUGUCUUCUGUCUUUCUGUUUACUAUUAUUUCUUUCCGACUUCAGCUACAGUGAUAGCUAAGUUUGGAGAGGAGGAAAAAGAGAACCCGCCCUUUAAAAUGGAAACCUCUGCACCCAAGAAGACGUGCUGUGAGUCUGUCCGAGACUUCUUCACUUCAGCUAAAUUCCUUAUUUACAUGGGGCAUGCUUUGUCUACAUGGGGCGACCGAAUGUGGAACUUUGCCGUGGCUGUUUUCCUGGUGGAGCUGUACGGGAACAGCCUGCUGCUCACGGCCGUGUACGGGCUGGUGGUGGCCGGCUCCGUGCUGCUGCUGGGGGCCAUCAUUGGGGACUGGGUGGACAAGAAUCCCAGGCUCAAAGUGGCCCAGACUUCGCUGCUCGUCCAGAACAGUUGCGUCAUCGUGUGUGGGAUCCUCCUGAUGGUUGUUUUCCAGUUCAAAGAACAGCUUGUGGGGCUUUACAAUGGAUGGAUUCUGACCACCUGCUACAUUCUGGUGAUCACCAUCGCCAACAUUGCCAACCUAGCCAGCACGGCUACAUCCAUCACCAUCCAAAGGGACUGGGUGGUGGUUGUGGCGGGUCAGGACAGCAGCAAGUUGGCAGAUAUGAAUGCCACGGUGCGGAUCAUCGACCAGCUGACCAACAUCUUGGCUCCCAUGCUGGUGGGUCAGAUAAUGGCCUUCGGCUCCCAUUUCAUCGGCUGUGGGUUCAUCUCCGGCUGGAACCUGUGCUCCAUGUGUCUGGAGUACGCUCUGCUGUGGAAGGUCUACCAGAAGACGCCAGCGUUGGCCACGAAAGCUGGCCAGAAAGAGCAGCAGCAGGAGCUCAAACAGCUCAGCCCCACAAGAGAGUUGGAGAACGGCCAGAGCCCUGAGGAAUCGUCUCAGCCGCUCAUGAAUGAAACCUCAGUCGUGACCAAGCCCGACUCUCCCAAGCAGCGCGGCUGUUGCUAUCAGGUGACCGAACCUCUGCGCACCUUCAAGGCAGGCUGGGUCGCCUACUACAACCAGAACAUCUUCUUCGCCGGCAUGUCCCUGGCUUUCCUCUACAUGACGGUGCUGGGCUUCGACUGCAUCACCACGGGCUACGCCUACACGCAGGGCCUCAACGGCUCGGUGCUCAGCCUGCUGAUGGGGGCCUCGGCCGUGACGGGCAUCUGCGGCACCGUCGCCUUCACCUGGGUCCGCAAGAAGUGCGGCCUGAUCCGCACAGGCUUCAUUUCGGGCAUUGCCCAGCUGUGCUGCCUCAUGCUGUGUGUCGUCUCCGUCUUUGCCCCCGGGAGCCCCUUCGACCUCAGCGUCUCGCCCUUCCAGGACCUUUACACCCACCUGAUCGGAGAGAAGCCGCUGCCCGAGGCCGAGCACAGCCUCACCAGCGUUCUUACCAACGCCACUACUGUUGCACCAGCUGAGGAGCUGCCACCUCUGCAGUCCUACAUGUCUGUUUGUCUGCUGUUUGCUGGCGUCAUUGCUGCUAGAGUUGGUCUGUGGUCUUUUGACCUGACAGUGACGCAGCUCAUUCAGGAGAAUGUGAUCGAGUCGGAGCGAGGUGUGAUCAACGGCGUCCAGAACUCCAUGAAUUACCUCUUAGACCUGCUGCACUUCAUCAUGGUGAUUCUGGCUCCGAACCCGGAGGCCUUCGGCCUUCUGGUCAUCAUCUCCGUCUCCUUCGUGGCCAUGGGUCACAUCAUGUACUUUGGGUUUGCCUUCAAGAGCCUGGGGAGUCGCCUCUUCCUGUGCUGCUCGCCGGAGCAGAAGGUGGAGGAGGUAGACAACCCCUCACUUCCUACCACCGUCUAACCCCGUUAAAGAGACUCUGUCCUGGGUACAUAUCUCUCAAGCCUUAACCCUGCCCUGCAUCUUAUUUAUCUAACAUCUUUUUUUCUUGUAGCUGACAGAAUGCUAAUGCUAACCAGAUAAAGGCAACUUAACAUGCUAUGCAUAGCCAUUAAUAAAGCAUUACUCAUUAGCAGAAAGCUUACAGUUAUAGAAAACUAAUCCAUAGCAAGACUUUAGAUAAGGCAGGGUUUCUCUAACGUUUUCAGUCUGGGAGUCAUGCUCUUUGAUACAUGUACUGUCGAACAAGGAUCCAUCACUUCUAGGCUCGUGAUCCCAAUGUGGUGGUCCUGUUAAAGACAUCAGGGGAUAUGGCACUGUAAAAUAUUCUCCCCCUCACUGCCUGGAUGUAGCUGUAAAGAUGUUUAAAAAGGUGCUUCAGCUAACUAAAAGGCGAAAUGAGGGAGAAAUCUUGCAGGGAAAGCAGGCACUGAGGCUUGGAUUAAGGGGGGGCCGCUGUCGCCUGAGACCCUAAGAGACAGGCUGUCCCCCCACUUUCCUCUCUUGACACUUGCCUCUCAUUGGUGCUGUAGCUGUGUCUGCUAGCUGUUCUCUUCAGCCUCUUCAGGACUGUGAGUCCGCUUACAUGUAUGAUGAGCAGGUUCUUGUGGAGGUCGUCCUCCAGAGGGCUUUUUAUGUUUUAUUUAACCAAACACAAAACUGGGAUCUAGUCUCUUUAAUACAUGGUUAUAAGGGUUAUGCAAAAUAACUAUUUAUUCAGGAAAUGCAGACGGUGGUUUUUAUAAUAUAUAUCUAUAUAUAACUGUAUCAUCAGUAUUGUGUUGCGCUCUCGCGGUCGUGCUAUAAGAAAGAAAUCCUAUGCACCCUUGUCAAUAACUCUCUCAGUUACCAAAGUCAAAGUCCAUAAUAUGUGGCGUAAAAGGAAGUGAGGGAAACCAGUUAUCUGUGUGAAGCAAUCCAAAUAUAUGUUUUUUUUUAUAUCAGGUGACAGUAGAUGUGUAGGUUCACACCCCGAGUAUAUCUGAAUAUUCCUAACCCACUCUGAGAUUGUACUUAAAUUUUGUUUUCCUGGUAGUUUACAUUAAUAGUGUUAUUUUGUCACCUUUUUUAAUCUUUUAUGUUCUCUUGACUAAUUUUUCAAUCAUGAUUGUUGUUACACAGGCACUUUAAGUGAUUGACGUCUGUCAUUACACCUAACGCGUGAUCAGGCAUUUGAUCAAUAUUUUUUGCACAAGGUUGAAGUCCUGACUCUCCUCCCCCCCACCCCACCGCCACCGUAAACCCCCAUGCUCAAACUUAUUUAAUCACUUAUAGUCUCUCUGUUUGUUCAGGUGCAGUGGGAGGGGUUGUGGUUUUAAGAAAAAAAAGGCACAUAUUGUAACACUUACUGUAGCACCACAAAACUGUACCAGAAGAAGUGAGUACACCCCGUGUUGCAGACAGAUACCCUCCCGUUUCCUCAAAAGUCAGCUUAGUCAGCAACUCUUAUCUGGUCUCAGUAUACCGCCUCAGACUGCCAGCAGGCUCUAGAUCAGCACUGAGUCAGGGUUGUAGCUCUUAUCAGUCUAAGCUUCGACAAAUGUUUUAAAGUUCUGACAACUUUGGCUUUACAAGUCCACAACCUGUUUUUUUAAAAAGCAUCUUGUGAAAGUUUGUGGCUUUUUUUUUUUGCAUUCCUACUUUUAAGUGAUUUUUCUAAAUAAAAAAAUGUCUCCAGAAACGGUUAAAAAUCUCAGACAGUAGCUUUCCUUUAAACAGGAUAAUGAUAAACGCUAAGAGAGAAGAGAAAACUAGCUGGAUAAUGUCAGUUUGCCACCAUAAGCUACCAGUCAGGCUGCUUUAUUGCUUCAUUUUUCUCACUUGUAAGAGGAAUAAUGUUAUUAUUAUUCCGUCUUUCAGAAAUAAUCUCACUUUAAAGAUCUACCCAAACAAGGUGCCUAAUGUAGCUCCACCUCUGGCCUUCAGUGAUAACUGUCGCCUUAUUGUAAAUCAGCCUUGACAGCUGUUAAACGCACACAUGUGGCUACAUCAAGAGUCGCAACCCACCCAUGCAAAAUCCAAACAGUCUAGCCAAGAGUUUGGUAUUUUUGGGAUGGCGAGGUAGAAAGGGGGGAGAGAAAUAUUUAGUUUGGAAAACCAAGGUAGCCGCACCAGAUGUAGGAGAACAGAAGGCCACUUUUUAGCCGAGCAUUCCCAUGAAACCCGGUGGAGGACGCGGCGGUGAGUCAGGAUGUCAGGUGUGCCAGACUCGCAGGGAAUGGAGCUUAAUUUUCAUGUUCCACUCGGGUUUAACGUAAAAACUCAGUCUGGGCAUGAAAACAAAACCGGCUCUCACAACGGUCUGUCUGCUGAUUCAGGAAUAUCACACAUGGCCAUAACUCUGUAUUUUUUAAUGUAAAUAACAUUAGCUGUCAGUCAGUAUAAACUUAUUGAAUAUAUAUACGAUUGGAAAAUGCUCAAUAGUAUAUUGUGUAUACUGUUUCCAUGCUGUUUUUUAUACUUAGUGUUUGUGUGUCAAAUUGAGGUUUCUUACAGAUUUUUUUUUUAAAUUUGUAUAAAGUACAAUUACUGCAUUUCUUUUAAAUACAUCUGUAUCAUACUGCUUUAAUCUGGCAUAUAUAUCUUUCUCUCUGUAUGUAUAUAUAGAUAUAUAUCAGUGUUAUUGUAGUUCAAUAGACAACAGCAUUAAAUCAUGAAGAAAUCAUCCAUUUUUAUGUAAUAAUCGCACUCCACUGAACAUAAAGUUGUUGGUACUGCUUGUAUUGCAUGAGGUCACCUAAAUAAACAAAACCGUCACAAUCGAA